GCAGCAUGGCCGACAAGUGACUGGUUUUUAUCUCUAUCUUGCAAAUAAAAACAAUGUCACCCUUGUAGAAGAAACAAACUUGAUCAAAUAACAUUUACAAUGUCUUCUCAACUAGUAAGAGCGUCUAAAGCAGUAAAAUUUCUAAUCACAGAAUUUCCACCGUGCUUAAAAUUGCAUAAUGUAACGGUUUUGUCCAUACGAUGGCGGAAACCGAGAUGGGUUCCAAAAUCACAAAGUAAACUCUUUUAUGUUCGGGAACCCACAGAGAUAUUACCCGAAGAAUAUGAACUGUUGAAACCAAAAUACGACGCAUACAGAACAGAAAUGAAAGCAUUGAGAUAUUUUUUCCAACAAGCCAAUAAAGCAGAACGGCAGCAAGAGAUUGCUCGCACAGAAGGUAUUGAUGCGAAAAAAGAUGAAGUUCAACAUAGAAAAGCAUUAGAAAUAAACAGGCGUUGGAAUGAAGAAUGUGCCAGACUCAGAGAGGAAAGACUCCAAAAAGAACGAGAGAAACGGGAAGAAAUUGAAUAUCACAAACAGCUAAAGAAACAACAAGAAGAUCAAAAAAUAAAAACUGAAACCGAAUCUUUUGUUGCACAGUCACUAGAAUCAUCGGAAAAGUUUAUUACAAUGGAGAAUUUAGAUGAAGAGAUUGAGAAAUUAUUGAACUCUAAAAGUGACUAUAAUAUUGGAUUCAGGAAUAAAAAUCAAAAACGAUAACUGCUUGUGAUAGAAGUGUAGUUAUUGGUUGUCUUUCCUUAGCAGUGUGAUCAUGUGACAUUAUUGGAAAUAAAUAUGUAUUUAGUUUUCUUAAACUACAGAAA